GCCCUUUUCUGCACACAGCCUGUCCUCUUCUUCUGUCAGUCUGUGUGGUGAAGCCUCCCCGCUAAGUCAAGAUGCCGGCCUACGGACCCUCCAUGAUGGAUCAGCCCUCGGAGCGUUUCCUUUACGGAGACCCCGAGGACAUGAAGAAGCUGCGGUCGGCUCCUUACGACGCCAAGAAGAACUGCUGGGUUCCCGAUGCGCAGGAAGUGUUUAUCGAGGCCGAGAUCAAGGCCAAGAAGGGCGACCAAGUCACGGUCACCACCAGGACCGGCAAUACCAUCACGGUGAAGGCCGGUCAAAUCCAGGACAUGAACCCGCCCAAGUUCGCAUGCGCGGAGGACAUGGUGAACAUGACGUUUCUGAACGAGGCGUCCGUCAUCAACAAUCUGCGCACGCGCUACGUCAACACCCUGAUCUAUACCUAUUCUGGGCUGUUUUGCGUGGUGAUCAACCCGUUCAUGCGGCUGCCGAUCUACGGAGAGAACGUGGUGAAGAUUUACCGCGGCAAGAGGAAGCAGGAGGUCCCGCCUCACCUGUUCUCUGUGGCUGAUGGAGCCUACAUGAACAUGAGGGGCGAGAGGGUGUGCCAGUCUAUGUUGAUCACCGGCGAGUCCGGUGCCGGUAAGACUGAGAACACGAAGAAGGUUAUCGCCUACUUCGCCCUGGUCGGUGCCAGCCAGACAGCCGGAGACGCCGACCCGUCCGCCAAGAAGGUCACCCUUGAGGACCAGAUCGUGCAGACCAACCCUGUACUGGAGGCCUUCGGUAACGCCAAGACUGUCAGGAACAACAACUCCUCCCGUUUCGGAAAGUUCAUCCGAAUCCAUUUCGACCAGAGGGGUAUUCUGGCCGGAGGCGACAUCGAGACUUAUCUUCUCGAGAAAUCUCGCGUGAUCGCCCAGCUUCCGGGAAUGGAGCGAGGCUACCAUAUUUUCUUUCAGCUCAUGUCGAAUGGUAUCCCGGGCACUGUAGAGCGCAUGCUGCUGAAGAAAGAACCAUCGUUCUACAAGUUCGUGAAGGAGGGAGUUUACGACGUAGCCGGGCUGGAUGAUGGGGAAGAGUUUCGCGCCACGGACGAGGCUUUUGACAUCCUCAACUUUAAGGCCGACGAGAAGGAGAACAUCUACAAGAUGUGCUCAGCCAUCCUCUGGUUCGGCAACAGCCGAUUCGCACAGAGGGGCGAGCAGGGAGAGCUGGAGAGCAUCGAGGAGAUGCAGAAGGUUGGCCGUCUGUUCGGCAUCGAUCCUGACGAGUUCGGGAACGCGAUCUGCAAGCCUCGCGUGAAGGUCGGGGCGGAGUUCGUCACCAAGGGCCAGACCGCCGACCAGUGCCUGAACGCCGUGGGAGCGCUGUCCAAGUCCGUCUACGACAGGGUCUUCAGGUUCAUCGUGCAGAAGUGUAACCAGACUCUGGAGACGGACAAAGAACGCGCCUACUUCAUCGGUGUGCUGGACAUCGCCGGCUUCGAGAUCUUCGAGCUGAACAGUUUCGAGCAGCUGUGCAUCAACUACACCAACGAGAAGCUGCAGCAGUUCUUCAACCACCACAUGUUCGUACAAGAGCAGGAAGAGUACAAGCAGGAGCAGAUCGAGUGGGAGUUCGUCGAUUUCGGCAUGGACUUGCAGGCUUGCCUGGAUCUCAUCGAGAAGAAAAUGGGCAUCCUGUCCAUGCUGGAAGAAGAGUGCGUCAUGCCCAAGGCCAGCGACAAGACCUACCUGGACAAGAUGAACGGCCAGCAUCUCGGGAAGAACCCGAAGUACGGCAAGCCCAAGCCCAGCAAGAAGAAGUACGAGGCUCACUUCGAGCUGGGACACUACGCCGGGCCGGUGGGGUACAACGUGACAGGUUGGCUGGAGAAGAACAAGGACCCUGUGAACGAGACUGCUGUGAAGGUGUUCAAGGCGUCCAAGAACGCGCUGCUGAGUGACAUCUGGGCGGACUACCUGACUGCGGAGGAACAGGCUGAGCAAAAGGGCGGCGGCAAGAAGAAGAAGGGAGGCUCCUUCAUGACUGUGUCUGCUGUGCACAGGGAACAACUGGAUCACCUGAUGCACACCCUUCACGAGACCUACCCCCACUUUGUGCGCUGUAUCAUCCCCAACGAGGUGAAAACCGGCGGCAUCAUCGACGGCCCACUGGUCUACAACCAGCUGACGUGUAACGGCGUACUGGAGGGUAUCCGUAUCUGCCAGAAGGGAUUUCCAAACAAGCAGAUCUUCUCUGACUUGGUUGAGAGAUACCGAAUCCUGGCAGCAUCAGUCUUUGCUGAAGGGACCUUCAUUGAAGGAAAAGAGGCGUCCAGGCUGCUGCUGGAGGCUACAGGACUCCCGAAAACGUCCUACGGCAUCGGUUUAACCAAAGUCUUUUUCAAGGCCGGAACGUUGGCCAAGCUGGAGGAGAUGCGAGAGGAUAAGAUCAACGCCACCAUAACCGGGAUCCAGUCCGUCAUCCGCGGCAGGAAGCAGAGGUUUAUCUUCGAGAAGCUGUAUGCAGGAAGACAAGCGUGUGACAUCAUCCAGCGCAACAUCCGGUCGUUCUUCAAGCUGCGUCACGACGGCUGGUACCGGAUGUACGGAGCCAUCAAACCGCAGCUCACCGGAGCCAAGGCUGAGGAGAUGCUGGAGGUCAAGACCAAGGAACUGGAGGAAGCAGCGAAGGCUCUGACGACCAAGCGGAAGCAGAGGGAGGAUCUGGAGAAGCAGAUUAACGACAUCCUUGCUGAAAAGGAAGACAUUCAGAACCUGCUUUCUUCGGAAGGCUCGGUAGUCCGCGAGGCGGCUGAAGAGCGCGUCCGCAUCCUGGCCAAGGAGUUUAACGAACUGCAGAGCGAGCAUAAGGAGCUGGAGGAGCACUGGGAAGACAUCAGCGAGAGCAGCAAGACUCUGCAGAUCGGCAAGGACAGGGCGCAGGCCGAGGUCGACAAGAUGAAGAAAAAGAUCGAGGACCUGGAGCAGAAGCUGUCCGAGCACGAGAAGAGCAAACAGGGCGAGGAGGAAGCCCUGAGAGAAAAGGAGGACGUGGUCGCCAGCAACCAGGACAAGAUCGCACACCUGCUCAAGGAGAAGAAGCGGCUGGAAGAGCUGAACGCACAAACCCUUGACGACCUUGCCGCUGAAGAGGAGAAAGCCGCGCAGUUGUCCAAGCUGAAGAUCCGGCUUGAGCAGACCCUGGACGACCUUGAGGACGACCUUACGCACGAGCGGCGAAUCGUGACGGAGGUGGAGAAGGUCAAAAUGCGCGUGUCGAACGACCUGCAAAGGAUCAUGGACUCGAUCACGGAGACCGAGAACCUCAAGAUGGAGCUGGAGGAGAGGUUCAAGAAGAAGGAGUUUGAGCUGAAUGCAGCUCACUCCGCCAGUGACGACGAGGCCGGCCAGGCUGCCGUGCUGUCGAAGAAGUUUAAGGAGAUGCAGAGGGUAAUCAGCGAACUCGGGGACGACAUGGAAGUGGAGAGAUCAGCACGAGUCAAGUCGGAGCGUUCCCGUGCGGACCUGCAGCGCGAGCUGGAUGAUGUGGAGGGCAAACUGGAGGAGACUUCCGGUCUGUCCGCGAACGAGGCCGACAAGAACAAGCGCCGCGAACAGGACCUCAUGAAGAUCCGGAGAGACCUGGAGGAGUCUCUGGCGUCUCAGGACGCUGAGGUGUCCCUCCUGAGGAAGAAGCACGCGGACGUGCUGGCCGAGAUGUCUGACACGCUGGACGAUCUGCAGAAGGGGAAGAACAAGGCGGAGAAGGACCGGGACUCGCUCAGGAGGGAGGCGGAGGAUCUCAUGAUCACGUUCGAGGCGCUGUCCAAGCAAAAGUACCAACUGGAGAAGGCGAACAAGCACCUGGAGUCGACGUUUAUCAGCGUGACGGUGAAGAUCGAGGAGCACACGCACAUCAUCUCCGAGCUGCAGUCGCUCAAGACGCGUCUGACGGCCGAGAACUCCGAGCUCACCCGCCGCCUGGAGGAGUCCGAGUCCAACUACAACGCGCUCAAACGCGGAGAGGCCAUCCUCAAAUCACAGGUUGAGGAAGCUAAGCGUGCCCUGGACGAGGAAAUCAAGGCCAAGAACAACACCAUGGCCCAGCUGCGCAGCGUGCAGGCAGAGCUGCAGCGCUUCCAGGAAACUAUUGAAGAGGAGCAGGAAGUUCGCGCCAACGCGCAGAGGGAUCUCUCCAAGGUCAACGCCGAGGUUCUCAUGUGGAAGAACAAGUACGAGAGCGAGGUUUCCGGCAAAAUGGAGGAGUCCGAGGAUAUCAAGCGGAAGAUGGCCCUGCGUCUGGCUGAGGCAGAGGAGGCGCUGGACGCCGCUAACGCGAGAUGCCUGAGCCUGGACAAGACCCGCAUGCGCCUGGCUGCAGAAGUGGAGGACUUCCAUAUUGAGGUUGAGAAGGCGAACACUCUGGCCUCCCAGCUGGAGAAGAAGCAGACGCUGGUGGACCGGCAGAUCGUGGAGUGGAAGACCAAGUGUGACGAGCUCACCAUCACUCUGGAGAGGUCACAGGUUGAGAGCCGAACGCACCAGGCUGAGAUGCUGAAGCUCAGGUCUAUGAUCGAGGAGAUUAGCGAGGCCAUAGAGAUGCAGAGGAAGGAGUCCAGGAUUCUGCACCAGGAUUGUUCCGACCUGCAGGACCAGUUGUCCGGCAGCGGGCGGGCGGUGGCGGAGACGGAGAAGGCCAAGCGGCGUCUGGAGGUGGAGCUGGAGGAUCUGCGCAGCGCGCUGGACGAGGCAGAGGGCGCGCUGGAGAUCGAGCAAGGAAAGGUUGUAAGAAUCCAACUGGAGCUGACUCAACUGAAGUCGGACAUCGACCGGCGCCUGGCCGAGAAGGAAGAGGAGUUCGAGUCAACCAUCAAAAUGCACCACCGCACGAUCGAGCAGAUGAACGAGCAGGUUGACGUGGAGUCGCGGGGCCGCGCGGAGGCACUGCGGCAGAACAACGUCCUGAGCGGGCAGCUGGGCGAGCUGGAGAUUAACCUGGAGGGCGCCACACGGGCAAACAACGACGCCAAGAAACUGCUGAGCAGACUGCACACACAACUGCAGGAGCUUCAGAUGACCCUAGACGAAACUAUCCGCAUGCGCGGUGACAUGCGUGACCAGGUGGGACUGAAGGACCGGUACUGCAGCACGAUCCAGACGGAGAUCGAGGAGGUCCGCAGGCAGCUGGAGGACACCGACCGCGCCAGGAAGCUUGCUGACGCCAGCCUGUCGGAGUCUCACGACCGCGUGAGCGAACUGACCACGCAGACCUCCGGCCUGGUCACCCAGAGGCGCAAGCUGGAGGGAGACCUGGACACGCUCAGGGCCGAGCUGGAGGAGCUCAUCAACGAGCAUCGCCAGACAGAGGAGAAGGCCAAGAGGGCCAUCAGCGAUGCUGGUCGCAUGGCCGAAGAACUGCGCACGGAGCAGGAUCAGAACCAGCACAUGCUGAAGGUCAAGCAUAACCUUGAACUGACCUUCAAGGACCUCCAGCAGCAGCUUGAGGAGGCGGAGGCGUCCGCCUUGAAGGGCGGGAAACGCGCCUUGGCGAAGGUGGAGGAAAGGAUCCGGGAACUUGAGCUGCAGCUGUCAAUCAUCCAGAAGCAGCACCAAGAUGACGUCAAGGCUCUGCGGAAGAACGACCGCUCCUUGAAGGAGUUCGCCGCACAGGACGACGAGAACAAGAAGAACCAGAUCCGCCUGCAGGACCUGAUCGAGAAGCUUCAGAGCAAGAUCAAGACCUACAAGCGCCAGGUCGAGGAGGCGGAAAGCAGCGCGGGACAGAGCCUUUCCAAGUACCGUCACGCCCAGCACGACUUGGAGGACGCUGUUGAGCGCAUGGAGAUGGCCGAGGCGUCCCUGAACAAGAUGCGGACCCGCACCGAGACCCACGUCGUCACCCGGCGCCACGUCGGCUCCGGGGCUCGCUCCUCCGCGCCGGCGGCCCACUUCAGCGGCGGCCACUCCGCGCACUUCAGCGUUGGCGGCGGGGGCUCCAGCACGACCCACCACACGACCCGGCACGUGUACGGCAGCGGUGACGAGGGAGCCGGCGGCACUACCGUGAUCAGGCGCACCGUCACCAAACGCACCACUCGCCGCGUCGUCACAAGCAGUGACGAGGACUAAGUGACGUGCCACCGACCCUUGAAGAAAACUCUCCGAUAAAAAAAGAUGGAUUGAUCAACUGGACUCCUCCUUAUCUACUCCGCUUGAAAUGCUUGCUUGUGUGUUAGUAAACGACGCUUUGACAGUAGCUGGUACGUUGCAGCAGAAAUAAAAUGAACGGUGACGU